AUGCAGAUGAAGAAGAUGAAGGAUAGUGGACAGCAGCUGUGGACUACACAAGUGGAUGCCGGACACAGUUCCCUGACCAUGUCGCCCAAACAGCCUAAUGCUAAUCGAGCGACUCGCCCAGAUAGACAAGAAGCUCAGACUCUUUUGUAUCAAGUCUCUGAGGCAGAGGCUGCCACGAUGACCGUUGCUACAUGUGUAAAGUGUAAAAGUGUGUACAAGAUCCCGCUUCAGGAUCUGAAAAAGGAUACUGGCCAAAGCCAAAAGGAGGACAAUCAUGUUUGCUUCAGAUGCAGCCUAGGUGUGGCCCCUCCCCAUUUCCAUUUUGUGAAUAAUCACAGUGCUACUCACAUAGGAAAUAAACCAGAAACCAUCUCAAGUUCUGUCAAUAACAAAUUUAGGGUAAGGAACUUUAAGCCAGGCAAAUACUAUUGUGAUAAAUGUAGAUUUUCCACGAAGGACCCUCUGCAGUACAAAAAGCACACACUUCAGCAUGAAGAGAUUAAAUUCAUUUGUUCUCACUGCAGCUACAUUUCCUACACUAAAGGGGAGUUUCAGAGGCACUUGGUGAAACACACAGGCAUUUUCCCUUAUCAAUGUGAGUAUUGUGACUAUGGUGCUAUUAGAAAUGACUACAUUGUCAAACACAGGAAGAGAGUCCACGAGAAGGCUGGUGGAAAACGGCUGCCCAAAACCACUGCCAAGCUGGAGCCAAAAAGAAUCAGUGCAUCCAAGCAAAACCCAGAGCUUUUAAAAGCUUCCAGUCCAAGGACUGCGUUUCAAAAUAACUUGUCAGAUCAACUUUCAACGUUCUCCCUCCAUUCAAAUAAAGACAGAAUGCACAACAUAAUGUUAUUACCUGAAUCAAAGGAGUACCAAAAAGAUGUCGUGUGCAUUCCAAAUAAAGUGACACUGUCAGAGCCCAAUGAAGUCAAUCUGUUUGAGAACAAAAGUGUGGAGGUGGAAGUGUUAUCCCCUGCAAAAGAGCCUGUUCAGCCGGGAAUGCCAUUAACGGUUGUGGCACCAGCAGAACUAAUCAUCCCUGCAAACUGUUUAGCCCAGUUGAUAGAUGUGAAGGUUGUCAAUGGAACACAGCAGCUUGUGCUGAAACUGUUUCCUCUGGAAGAAAGUAAUUGCCUUGCCGCUGGUGGGGGUGAUGGAGGUAAUUCUGAACAUGUGACUAAAGAGAAAGAUUCAAGUGAACAGGAAAAAAUGGCUUCUGCAGAACAAACAAAGUCACUGAUGAUCGAAGGGAAUGUUGGAAAACUUGCAGGCAUCAAUAAUCUUCAAUCAUCAGUUCAGAAACAACUUAAAAAUGUGAAAUGGGUAAGGUCUUAUGACUUUUUCACCUCAAAUUCUAGUGUGUGCAGUGGUGGAGAAUCCUUUCUCAGCCCUGAUAGAGUUGAGGGUUUGCAGAAAAAAGGUUAUACAUAUCCACAAAGAACUGCUCUUCCUUCCAUUGCCUUAAAAGGUCAUUCUCCGUCAUCUCUGAUGAAAAAUGGUAUUUUAAGUGGUCUUGGAACUACGUCAAACUCUUUUCCAUAUAAAGCUGCCGUUUCUUUUACUGAAGAUGGAAGAAAUUUACACAGUGACUCACAGCAGUUAUUUCCUCUUGCUGCAUCACCUGCAACCAUUUCCUUCUCUGGAGAAAAGGACUCACUGCCCCGAAGUAAAAAGGACAUGGAAUCUAGAAAUGAGAUCAGUUUUCCUGCAAAAAUGGUUCCCCCUAAUAGGAAGCUGAAAGAUAACCAGACACAGGAACACAAGGCAGUUUCAAAUACUGGCCAGAUUUCCUCUCAACAUAAAAGUGAGUAUUUACACAUAAACGUAACGGGAAAAGAUGGAAUCAGAUCUCAGCAGUCUGGGGAUAAACCUUUGGAGUUAAAGAAUUCUGAAAAGGCUAAUGACUCCUUUGAAGGCCCAGUCAUCUCAUCAGUGUUUUCUCUGAGCUCUGGAUCUGAAAACGUCCCUGAGGGCGUUAAGUGGAAUAGUUCAACGUCCAAAAUAAAGUCAAUUGAACUCUUGCGCAGAAAGAUAGCCCAGUUAAUUGAAUCCUGUGGCAAGCCUUCAUCUUUGGCUGCAAGUAAUGCACAUCGUCAUUCUGUAGGGAAGGCAUCUAAGGUCACUUCGAAAGCUGCCUCUGAAAGUAUUCAGGAAAUUAACGUGUCAUUUACCAGCACUGGCUAUUCUGCGGGUACUCUCCCGAAACCUCAGGAUGACGUUGGUAUUAAUGGACAGCUUACUCAUCAGCAGAUAUAUCCGCAUCUUGUAGAAGGCAGCAGUGGGAAAAGCGAAAGCGGAGUAGCCAGGAAGCCACAUUUGGCUCCUCCAGUAUUGAUCCCGAAGGGGGCUGUGUUGAGGGUUCUUAAUUCCUCUGAGAAUUCCCACGUUAUAGAGGCUACGUGUGAAGCACCUGUCAGCAUCCCCUGCAGUGAGACACAGUUAAUAAAACCCAUUCCGUUCUGCCCAGUGAAACAGACAGACUUGGACUUACAGUCUUCAACAAGUGAAAGUGGGCCAGUAGACAUGUCCCAGAAUCAUGAUCUAUCUCUUUGGGCUAAAUCAAGAAAAGAGAGUGCAAAUUGUAGCACCAUGCUUAAAAAAACUGGACUCCUGCAUGGACAGCAAGGAAGCAGUGAGAUAAGUAAGCAAGGGAAACUGUUUUCCAGAGGUCUUCCUGUAAGUAAAAAUAAAACCAAACAAGUCAAUUCAUCCAAGAAGAAAAGCAAAAUUCAGGCUGAUCCCAGCCGCUGUUUCAAGGAUCCUUCCAUUUUUCAGGUUGCAAGACAACUUCGACUGAUAGCAGCUAAACCAGACCAGUUGAUCAAAUGCCCCCGUCGGAACCAGCCUGUCAUCGUGUUAAACCAUCCUGAUGUCGACUCACCAGAAGUAUCCAAUGUGAUGAAGGUAAUAAACAAGUACAAAGGCAACGUCCUCAAAGUGGUCCUAUCAGAGAGGACUAGGUGUCAGUUAGGCAUCAGGCGGCAUCAUGUCCGGCUGACCUACCAGAAUGUGGAGGAAGCCAAUCAGAUAAAGAGGCAAAUGAUGUUGAAAAUGAAACUUAAAAAAGUUCAUAAAAACAACUACCAGGUGGUGGAUUCCUUGCCCGAUGACUCAUCACAGUGUAUAUUUAAGUGCUGGUUUUGUGGACGGCUCUACGAAGACCAGGAGGAGUGGAUGAGUCAUGGCCAACGGCAUUUAAUAGAAGCAACUAGAGAUUGGGAUGUUCUUUCUUCCAAGGGCAAAUAA